GAGGUUCAAAAAGAUAUAACUUUUUAUUAUUUAAUAUAUAAAAUUACAUUUAUUCAACCCGUGUAAUACACGGGGUUCUAACCUAGUCGAUAUAUAUGCUAUCCCCAUAAAAGUUGUUGAAUUAAUCAAGAUCCCUAUGAACCAGUUAAAAACCAACCAGCGCAUCUAGUGUAGUGGUAUCAUAGUACCCUCCCACGGUACUGACCGGGGUUCGAUUCCCCGGAUGCGCAAUCUUUUUCCUUUUUAUUCGUUUCGUUCACGAAUAAAUACACCCACACUCGUCUCGUUGCUCUUUUCAUUUUUUGGUUUUUGCAGUUCAACCUUUAACAAGUUCAUCACUACCAAUCUGUCAAUGAAAUGGAGGAACAUAACCUCUCAAAACUCAAUAUUAACCGCACUUUUACACCCACUUCGUUCUCACUCACCAUCACCACUCUCAUACGCACCCAUUUUCCAGUUCUUAACCGGCUUAAACCUCCUUAAAUUAGGUCAACAAGUUCACACCCAUUUAAUUCUUCACGGAGUAUAUCCCAACUCAUUCCUCGGUGCCAAAAUGGUUGCAAUGUACGCUAGCUCAGGUGAUCUCAACUCCGCUGUUGUUUUGUUCAAUUCAGUGAAGAAAAAUGCAUCAACCCUUCUGUACAAUUCGAUUAUUAGAGCGUGUGCUGUGUACGGUUAUUCUCAGCAAUGUGUUAGCAUAUUUUUUGAGAUGGAUUCGGUUGGGGUUCGUGGGGAUUAUUUUACUUUUCCGUUUGUGUUGAAGAGUUGUGCGGAUUUGGGGGGUGUUUGGGUGGGUAAGUGUGUUCAUGGGAAGGGGUUGAGAAGUGGGUUGGGGUUUGAUUUCUAUUUUGGGACGUCGUUGAUUGAUUUUUAUGUCAAGUGUGGGGAGUUGGGGGAUGCACGGAAGAUGUUUGAUGAAAUGCCUGUGAGAGAAGUUGCGUCGUGGAACGCGCUGAUUGCGGGGUGUAUGAGGUAUGGGAUGGCGAGUGGUGCGGAAGAGUUGUUUUCGCGGAUGUUGGAGAAGAAUAUUGUUUCAUGGACGGCGAUGAUUUCUGGGUACACGCAGAACGGGUUUGCGAAGCGAGCGAUUGAGUUGUUUGAUGAGAUGAUGAGUGACUUGUCGAACGUGAGGCCGAAUUGGGUGACGGUGAUGAGUGUUCUUCCUGCCUGUGCACAAUCUUCGGACCUUGACCGAGGGAGAAAGAUUCAUGAUUAUGCUACUAGCAUCGGGCUUGGCUCGAACAUGUCUGUGCAAACUGCUCUCGCUGCUAUGUACGCAAAAUGUGGAUCGCUCUCGGAUGCCGAAAUUUGUUUCCGAAAAAUCCCUCCUAAUAAAAGAAACUUGGUCUCCUGGAACACGAUGAUCAGUGCAUACGCGUCUCACGGGCAUGGGACCGAAUCUGUCUCAACAUUCAAUGACAUGAUACGAGCCAGGGUCCAACCUGAUGCAAUCACAUUCACAGGCUUGUUAUCAGGGUGCAGCCAUUCGGGUCUGGUUGAUAUGGGUUUAAACUAUUUUAACUCAAUGAAAACACAAUACAAAAUCGAACCAACUCACGAACAUUACGCAUGUGUUGUCGAUCUUUUGGGGCGAUGCGGGAGACUGAAUGAAGCAUAUGAACUCGCUUUAAAGAUGCCAAUGCCACCAGGAGCAAGCAUAUGGGGCGCGUUGUUAUCCGCCAGCAAAACCUAUAGAAAUCUCGAGAUUGCUGAAAUCUCGGCCAAAAAGUUGUUCGAUUUGGAACCCGAAAACAGCGGGAAUUAUGUGGUUCUUUCAAAUAUGUAUGCCGAGGCCGGGAUGUGGAGAGAAGUGAAUGAUCUUAGAGAUUUGUUAAAAACCCGAGGCGUGAAGAAGAACCCGGGUUGCAGUUGGAUUGAAAUCGACGGCAAAGUACAUAUGUUUCUUGGUGGUGACAAAUCUCACCCAAUGUCGGAUGCAAUUUACGAGUUUUUGGAGGCGUUACCAGAGAAGAUGAAAGUGUUGGGUUAUGUAGCGGAAACAACAUUUGCACUACACGAUGUUAGUGAGGAGGAGCGGGAACAAAGCCUCGGUAGUCAUAGCGAGAAGUUGGCGGUGGCUUUCGGGAUUCUUUGCACGGAUUCCGGUGCCAUUGUUCGUGUGACGAAGAACCUUAGGAUAUGUGGGGAUUGUCACACGGUGAUGAAGUUUGUAUCAAGGAUUUAUGAACGGGAGAUUGUGGUUAGAGAUGUGAACCGGUUUCAUCAUUUUAAAAACGGGUCGUGUUCAUGUGGUGAUUAUUGGUAGCUAUCUAGAUACGAAUAAGAAGAUUAGGAACGUUGGGUCAGUAAUUAUUACACCAUCUGUACUUGUUUGGUGCCCCUCCAAGUGGACGGUUUUCAUUAGUUGCAAAAUUAAUCGACACAUACUCCCAUGCUUCUUCCAGUUCAAACCCUUGACGCUCCUCUUUGGUGCCCUCGUAACGAUGUUUAACGCCUUUUGAGAAUGACUUGGCAUGAGACGUCAAGCCACUUCACCCAGCCUUAUUCUAUCGACUUUAACAAAUUUUGUAAUGACUAGAUUUAUAAAAUUGGGCCCUUAAAAUAGGUGUAACCUGUGCUUCGUUUUGUGUACGUUUAUUGGACUAACGGCCAAAGUGUUUUACAGACAAUUUUUUUUAUAUGGAGCCUUGACUUUGACA